CUUCCCGUGUGAUUCUUUUCCGAUCGUGUCCCUGAGAGCAAAUGGCUCCUCCUGCAAGAGCUAGACGGAGCUGACCGAGAGGAGUACGGGGGGAGCAGUUUAGAAAAACAUAGAUAACACCCCCCAAAAAACCCACAAUAGCUCGCCGCCUCAAAGACAAGAUGUUUUAGAGUAGGCAAAUGACGGAAUUUUAUAUGCGAUUUGCACGUAAAGAUACAUUAUUCUAAAUCAGAGAGAAGGGUUCGAUUUUUUUUCUUUUAAGUAAUCAACUCCCCAAAUGAACUCCGUCAGAGCAACCAACAGAAGACCUAGGCGAGUAUCGAGGCCGCGCCCGGUGCAGCCGGAAAGGAACAACGGGGAAAGAGAUGAGGACAUACCUGCAGAUAUGGUUGCAGAAGAAUCCGGUCCAGGAGCUCAGAACAGUCCCUACCAACUGCGCAGGAAGUCCCUUUUGCCCAAGAGAACCGCGUGUCCAGCGAAGAGCAGCAUGGAGGGUGCUUCCACCUCGACCACGGAGAACUUCGGACACCGUGCAAAACGCGCCAGAGUGUCGGGAAAAUCACAAGACCUGCCAGCCGCCCCCGCGGAGCAGUACCUGCAGGAGAAGCUUCCGGACGAGGUGGUGCUGAAGAUCUUCUCCUACCUGCUGGAGCAGGACCUGUGCCAGGCCGCCUGCGUGUGCAAGCGCUUCAGCGAGCUCGCCAACGACCCCAUCCUCUGGAAGAGGCUGUAUAUGGAGGUGUUUGAGUACACGCGUCCCAUGAUGCACCCUGAGCCCGGAAAGUUCUACCAGAUCAACCCUGAAGAGUACGAGCAGCCCAACCCCUGGAAGGAGAGCUUUCAGCAGCUGUACAAAGGAGCACACGUAAAGCCAGGCUUUGCUGAACACUUCUACAGCGACCCAGCCAGGUACAAAGGACGAGAGCACAUGCUGUACUACGACACCAUCGAAGAUGCCCUGGGCGGAGUGCAGGAGGCUCAUUUCGACGGCCUGAUAUUCGUCCACUCCGGGAUCUACACCGACGAGUGGAUCUACAUCGAGUCGCCAAUAACAAUGAUCGGCGCAGCCCCUGGGAAGGUGGCGGAUAAAGUGAUCAUUGAGAACACCAGAGAUUCCACGUUUGUGUUCAUGGAAGGGUCAGAGGAUGCCUACGUGGGCUACAUGACCAUCAGGUUCAACCCCGACGACAAGUCUGCUCAGCACCACAACGCCCACCACUGCCUGGAGAUCACCGUCAACUGCAGCCCCAUCAUCGACCACUGCGUCAUCCGCAGCACCUGCACAGUGGGCUCAGCAGUGUGUGUGAGUGGCCAGGGGGCGUGUCCCACCAUCAAGCACUGCAACAUCAGCGACUGUGAGAACGUGGGGCUGUACAUCACGGAUCACGCACAGGGCAUAUAUGAGGACAACGAGAUCUCCAACAACGCGCUGGCGGGGAUCUGGGUGAAGAACCACGGCAACCCCAUUAUCAGGCGGAACCACAUUCACCAUGGGAGAGAUGUUGGGGUCUUCACCUUCGACCAUGGCAUGGGCUACUUCGAGAGCUGCAACAUCCACAGGAACCGGAUAGCGGGCUUCGAGGUGAAGGCGUACGCCAACCCCACGGUGGUGCACUGCGAGAUCCACCACGGCCAGACCGGCGGCAUCUACGUGCACGAGAAGGGGCGGGGCCAGUUCAUCGAGAACAAGAUCUAUGCAAACAACUUCGCCGGCGUGUGGAUCACUUCCAACAGCGACCCCACCAUAAGAGGGAACUCCAUCUUCAACGGUAACCAAGGAGGCGUUUACAUAUUUGGCGAUGGGCGGGGCCUCAUCGAAAGCAACGACAUCUACGGCAACGCCUUGGCGGGGAUCCAAAUCCGAACCAACAGCUGCCCCAUCGUCCGACACAACAAGAUCCACGAUGGUCAGCAUGGGGGCAUCUAUGUGCACGAGAAAGGGCAGGGCGUGAUCGAGGAGAACGAGGUGUACAGCAACACCCUGGCGGGCGUGUGGGUGACGACGGGCAGUACCCCCGUGCUGCGGAAGAACCGGAUACACAGCGGCAAGCAGGUCGGUGUGUAUUUCUAUGACAACGGGCACGGUGUACUGGAGGACAACGACAUCUACAACCACAUGUACUCGGGCGUUCAGAUCAGAACCGGCAGCAACCCCAAGAUCCGGCGAAACAAGAUCUGGGGCGGUCAGAAUGGUGGAAUUCUGGUUUACAACUCUGGCUUGGGGUUCAUUGAGGACAACGAGAUCUUCGACAAUGCCAUGGCCGGGGUUUGGAUCAAGACAGACAGCAACCCCACACUCCGGAGGAAUAAAAUCCACGAUGGGCGAGAUGGAGGGAUCUGUAUUUUCAAUGGAGGGAGAGGGCUGUUGGAAGAGAACGACAUCUUCCGGAACGCCCAGGCGGGCGUGCUCAUCAGCACCAACAGCCACCCUGUCCUGCGCAAGAACAGGAUAUUCGACGGCUUCGCCGCCGGUAUCGAGAUCACGAACCAUGCCACGGCGACACUAGAGGGCAAUCAGAUCUUCAACAAUCGUUUCGGAGGGCUUUUCCUGGCGUCUGGAGUCAACGUUACCAUGAAAGAUAACAAAAUCUUGAACAACCAGGAUGCCAUCGAGAAAGCUGUGAGCAGAGGCCAGUGCCUCUACAAGAUAUCCAGCUACACCAGCUACCCAAUGCACGAUUUCUACAGGUGUCACACCUGUAACACGACAGACCGGAACGCCAUCUGUGUGAACUGCAUUAAGAAGUGCCACCAAGGGCAUGACGUAGAGUUUAUAAGGCAUGAUAGGUUCUUCUGCGACUGCGGCGCUGGGACCCUGUCGAACCCCUGCACCCUCGCCGGAGAGCCCACGCACGACACGGACACUCUGUACGACUCCGCCCCCCCUAUAGAGUCCAACACGCUGCAGCACAACUAAGCGGGCCGUGCACAGCACACCCCCAAGCCCCUCCCACUGCCCUACCCCCCCCCACCCACCCCCCCGAAAAGCCACAAACCCACCACUAUGAACCACCCCAUUCCCGCCCGGGAACCCCGCCCCUUUAAAACUGAGUGCUUCUGCCUUUCCAAAACCCAGAAGAACUCCAUGUGUACAGUUAUGGCGUGAGAAGGAAACGCAAAUCUAGGUUAUUAAAAAAAGAAACUUCAACCAGUAUAUAUAAAAAAAACCUCCAAAAAAACAAAUAUAAAUAUAUAAAUAUACAGACUCGGACAAUGCAAGAGCUUGCCAGGCUCAGAAUGGAGAUUACAUUUAUAUAUAGAUAUAUAUAUAUAUAUAUAUAUAAAUUUAAAAAAGCUUACUGAUAUAUGUGGAUGUGAAGCCUUUCUGAUCUUUUCUGUUCCUGCGUUGUUUCUAAGAAGAAAAGGAGAGGGAGAGAUACCCGAACGGCAAAGAGAAGCAAUAUGUUGACUCAGGACUGGGGAGUCGUGGCGACGGCUGCAGCAGCAAAUUGGGGGAGGGGCUAACGAGAGACUGCCUCGGUCCCUCCCACUGCCCCGCCCCCCUCCCGACGCCAGUCACACGGGGGACGGAAGCGGAGUCGUCCGGCCGACGGGUUUUUUGUACAGAACGACACGGAUGGAGAGACGUGUGGAGCCAUAGAGAGAGCACAGCGUGAGAGGGCGCUUUCCUCGACAGGAAGCAGAGCCAUCCCCGCACUGCUGCCCUGGCAACUGUCUCUAGGCAACGAGCGUGCUGGUAUAUGUGUAUGGUCAUAAAAUAAUAAUAAAAAAGAAACAAUGUGAUUUAGCACUUCAGCUUUUUUUAAAAAUAUGUUAUUCUGAUUCACAAAUAUGAUUUUAAUGCUUUUCUCAUGUAGUUUUGUAUUUUCCAGCAAAAAUCUUACUGUACUUGAAUGUCUUUUAUUAUUGUUAUUAUUAUUAUUAUUAUUAUUAUUAUUAUUUUGUUAGUUCACCUUAGGCUUGCUGUAAUCAUAUUCGUGUCCCAGUAUAUAAGUUCUUUCUGUGAAAGAGAAUAACAAAAAAAUAAUAAUUUUGGAAAAGAAACACUAAAAAAAAAUUUCUUCCAGCAAUGUUAUUUUAAGUGUAAGUUGUUGAAGAAAAGGAAAAAAAAAAAAAAGUAAGUGAGGCGAGGCGGGUUUUCAUGAGAGGGGCGGUCGUUUGAAAGCGAAGUUUCUCGCCCACACGGUCAUUUCUGCAUUUGAGCUCUUCAGUCAGACAAAGAGGGUUCCGCUUCAAAACGGCAACCCCAAGGAAGGUCUUUGUUUGACGUGUAUCGAACAUUUACUAGUCAGCCUAGCAAGGCCCAUUAAGAAUGAGUGGUGUCCAGCCGAACACUCUUCUGAGGUUCAUUGCAUAACAUUGGAACCAUUUGUACAUCUGAUCUGUAUUCGGCAUUGGUGAAACGAAGUAUUCAGAGAAUGGCCAUUUCCUUUUAAAUGCAGCAUACGUCUGACCGUAAACGUGAAUACUGUUCAGAACCUUUCAUUACUAAAUGAAAUUACAUUUACAGCAGAUUUGGAGCCAUUUGUGGUGUUUAUUGUCAAUGCAGUUUGCCUGUAAGAAUGGAAAGGUGAACACUGCCUCCUGAGUACAUGUACAGAGGAAUCCUUAGGCCCGGUGGUAUUUUCAGGGAUUCAAGGAGUGAACAAACUAAUGAAAAACAUAGAUAUGUUAGGGUAUUAAGCCAGGGGGAUACAUCUAAGUGAAUUGGUUGUUUUAAUAUUAUCGUUUGUAUUAAUUUAAGCGGUUCCCCAUUUUAAAGUUUUGUAGCCACUGUAGAAGUGUAAUCCGUCUCUUGAAAACGCUGCCAUUUCAAGCCUUCAUGGUUCCGCCAGCUGGGACAUGACGCUAUAACGUCGCUGCGGUGUUUUUAGCCGCGGCACGGCGUUGCUGAAAUGUCACCGCGACAUUUUGAGAACAUUGUGUUAAUGGAGGCUGCCCUCUGGGUGCCCCCGACUGUUUGAGUGUUUAAAAAAUAACAAAAUUUAUAAAAAAAAUAAAAAAAAACAUUGCUGGAGAUAAAAUCUGAAGCUUCUAUGUACAUUGAAGCAAAGACGUGUACCCAUAAUGCCCUGUUGAUAGCUUCCUUUUAUCUGAUUUUAUUUUAUUUUUUUUUUUGCUUCAUCCAUGUGUAUUGGUGACUGUGGCUUCUGCUGCUUGAAGUGUAUGCAUGUACCAUAACAUCUAGACUUAAUAUAUUGUGGAGUAUCCAAUAACCAUUAUGUAGAUGCUAGUGUGAAUUAAAGGGGUUUAAUUUCCUAUGAAAGAUUUCCAAAAAAAAAAAAAGAAAAAAGGAAAUUGGUCAUUUUUUAAAAAAAUAAAAAAAUAAACUUUAUUAGAAUGUU